AUCAACCAUCUCUUCCCACAUUUCUCCUACUCCAACACUCUCUUCAUUAUUCUCUCUUCCAAUUUCCAUUCCCUAAACAAAACCCUUCAUGUACUCAUCAUACGGUUCUUCUGUUGUAACUGUAAGACCUUGUUACCUACAACAAGACCACGGUUUAGCUUCCUUAACAAACAUGGAUCUUGCUAACUAUCGUGCCAAUAAUUUUGUUACAAAUUCUAUGACAAAUUUCACAAACCUUUAUGUCUCUUCACCUAGAUCUGGAAGAUUCUAUGAUCCUAGAUUUGAAGAUCAACAACCCCAUUUUCUAGAAGCUUGCUCUCUUUGUAACAAACCACUUGGAGACAAUAAAGACAUCUUCAUGUAUAGGGGUGAUACACCUUUUUGUAGUGAAGAGUGUAGGCAAGAGCAAAUAGAGAUAGAUGAAUUGAAAGAGAAAAAUAUGAAUCUUUCUUCAUCUAUGAAGGGUUUGAGGAUUAAAGAGCAAAGAAAAACCAGUUCUUCAAACAAAGAUUAUUCCUUUAGAACAGGGACAGUUAUUGCUGCAUAGUUGGUUUGGUAUGUUGAACUUGAAAAAGGAUGAAAAAGAAAAUUUAAAAAAUUGUGACAAAAAAAGAAAAAAAGAGGAAAAAAAAAAGGCAAAGUACUAACAAAGAAAAGUUUGAAGUUUUUUAACUUUUUUUUCUUUGGAUGAACAAAGAGUCAAGAGAGAAGGGAUGAGUAUAGGGAAUGUAUCCUCUCCAUGAAAUGGCUUGGUUUUUGGCUUUUGCUUUUUUAUUUAUUUAUUUAUGUGAGAUCAAGGUUUUGUUUUUUAAUUUUAUAUCAUCCUUUUGUAGAUUCUGAUCUUGUGGCUUAUAUAUAUGGUGGUUGUGUUGUGUCCAUAGUUUCAGUUUUUUCAAAGAUGAAACUGAAUACAAUGUUAAAAUUGUUUUAAUUUUCUCUCA